AUGGCUACGUUUGUAUGCAGGGUGCAGUUCUUAGAUGAUACUGAUCCAUUUAACAGCACUAAUUUCCCCGAGCCCACCAGGCCACCUCUGUACACUUUCAGGGAAGAUAUUCCUCUGAUAAAUCAGAUUGCUGGAGUCCACAGGCUGCUAAAAGCCCCACAGAAGCCUGAUGACUGCGCCCUUCAGCUGUCCCAUAAUGGAAGCUAUCUGGACUUGGAGUCUACCCUGGCAGAGCAGAAAGAUGAACUGGAGGGAUUUCAGGAGGAAGGAGGGAGAGGCAAGAAACACAGCAUUAUUCUUCGAACACAGCUGUCAGUCAGAGUUCAUGCCUGCAUCGAAAAACUCUACAACUCUACUGGAAGGGAGCUACGGAGAGCCCUUUUUUCCCUCAAGCAGAUUUUUCAGGAUGACAAAGACCUGGUGCACGAGUUUGUGGUGGCCGAAGGACUGACAUGUUUGAUAAAAGUGGGAGCUGAAGCUGACCAGAACUACCAGAAUUAUAUCCUCAGGGCUCUUGGACAGAUCAUGCUGUAUGUGGAUGGGAUGAACGGCCUCAUAUCUCACAAUGAAACGGUCCAGUGGCUUUACAGCCUUGUCGGGUCCAAGUUCCGUCUGGUGGUGAAGACAGCCCUAAAGCUUCUGCUGGUGUUUGUGGAGUACACAGAGUCUAACGCCGCCCUUCUUAUAAAGGCUGUGAAUGUCGUGGAUGCCAAAAGAGGCACAAAACUGUGGUCAAAUGUCAUGGAGAUCUUGGAUGAGAAGGAUGGAGUGGAUACAGAGCUGCUGGUGUAUGCAAUGACACUCAUCAAUAAGACUCUGGCAGGCCUCCCAGACCAGGACUCCUACUAUGACAUGGUAGACUGUCUGGAGGAGCAGGGCAUUGAAGCCAUGGCCCAGAGACAUCUGAACAGGAAGGGUACUGACCUCGACCUCGUAGAGCAGUUCAACAUCUAUGAGAUGACUCUCCGCCAUGAGGAUGGUGAUGAAGAAACCCAGUUGCCUCCUAACGUCCGAAAGGAACGACGACGGGCCAGUGUUGGCGGCACCAACGAGAGGCGUGGCCUGGAGAGAAGACGUAGCCGGAGACACUCGCUCCAGAAUAGAGGUCCUGCCUCUGCCCCAGCAUCACCCAGCACUACUCAUGCAAGCAGCUUCCUGCCCUUUGGGGGCCAACGUGUCGAAGACAUCAGUGAAAGAGAAGAGGAAGAGGAGGAAGAGGAGUGUAUGGCCAGCGUCCUCCCUAAAACCAGUGACCCUGAAGGGCAGAGAGAAUAUCUCGGCUUCAAGACCAGGACAUCUUCUCCUGUGUCCGUCGCACCAAAACAGAGGACCAUUAGUCCUUGGUCUGCACCUCCCCAGCCACCUGACAGUGUCGUCCCUGUCGCUCUGAGUAAAGUGCCAGGCUCUGCUCACCGUCUGAGCCAAAGUCAGUGUCAGUCUACCCCAACCACAUCCCCCUUCCCUCUCUCUCCAUCCCCUGACUUGAACCAGAGCCAGGUGUCUGUUGGGGCCAAGGAGAGUGAGACGGGCUCGAACAGAGAAAGGCACUUCAGAAUUAGUGCCAAUGGCACUCCAUACCCUGGCAGGCACCAGGCUCCUACGUCACCCAUCAGUCGCUUCACUAGUUCAACGUCCUCCACUCCAGACUCCAAACCUGACAGACCUGCUUUAGGGGGCUUGCUAACUUCAUCGUUCAGACAGCAUCAGGAGUCUCUGGCUGCAGAGAGAGAGAGGAGACGCUUGGAAAGAGAGGAGCGUCUGCAGAGGAUCGAGAGAGAAGAGAGGAACCGCUUCAAUCAAGAUUUAGUAGACAAGAGGGAAGAAGCAAGACAAGCCAGAGAGGAAAGGUACAAGGCUGUGGAGAGACUAGCUGCAGAGGACUUUGAGCGGGAGCGACCCAGAGCACCAACAAGAGGACGGACAGAAAUCACUUUGUGUUUGAGUUCCAACCCCGCAAGCCGCUCCGCAUCUCGCUGUGCCACACCUUCAUCCAUCAUCUCACAGGAGGACACGGUCGCCAGCACACAACAGAAAUUGGGAACAGAACACAUCUCAGAGCCAAACAUUGACCCACAGACCAGAACCAAAAGUCCAGCGCCAGAGUUAACAGUAUCAGAACCUUCCCCCACACCUCCCUCUGAGCCAGACAAGCAGCAGACUGAGACUGAGUCGCCUGCAGAGACGGAGGAUGUCAGGGAGACUCAGUCAGACCAGAAUGUAGUUGCAGAGCCAGCAGCAGACGAACAGGUAGGCACGGAGGAAGACGAGAGGCGAGAGCAGGAGAAGCUCGAGGAACAGAAAGAGUGCAUGAAUGAGGGAGAUGUAGAAGAGCAGGUGGAAGAAGCAGAGGUCGCUGAUGUAGCAGAGGUGGGAGAGACAGACGUGGAGGUGGAUGUUGAGUUAGAGGAGGGGUCAGAGAAGGAGCAGCCGAUGGAAAGGGAUGUAGAAGACAGUGUACUGCUGAGUGAGAAGGAGAGACAGAACGAGGAAGUGAAUGAGAAAGACAACUGCUCUGCAUCCAGCAUCUCCUCAACAAGUAGCACUCUGGAGAGGGAGGAGCGGGAGGAGAAACUCACCAAUGACAUUGAAGCAGGCCAAUGGACCCAGUGCAUUAAAGACGCAGAUGUGAAUGACCAGUGCAACAAAAUACUCAACAGCAAGCGCUUCAUGCUGGACAUGCUCUAUGCUCAGAAAGCAACCAGCAAGGAUGAAGAGAAAGUAGGAGAGACAGAGAAAGAAAAAUGUAAAUUUGAGAAGGAGACGGAGGUCAGUGACUCUUCUGUGGCGAGCCUGGCUAGCAGGAUCUCCACACUGGAGGCUCACAGACAAGCCAGAGAAGAAAAUGUGAAAAAAAUGGAGGUGGGGCAUCUGGACAACCAGGGCAGUGUCCGAGCAGUUGCGGAGAGGUUUGGAGAUUUGGUCAAAGGCCUAUCGUCUCCUCUUGAGGUAGAGGCGUCAAAAGAGCAGCAGCAGACUGACACAUCUUCAACCACUGUCUCACCAUCAUCAUCACCAUCAUUACCCCCAAAGAAAGAGUCGGACUAUAUCUGGGAUCAGCUGAUGGCCUCACCCAGGGAGCUCCGCAUCAAAGAAAUGGACUUCACAGACCUGAGGGACGAGGAUGACAUGGACAUUUUAGAUAUAGACAGUAUAAUGGGGUCGGGUGAUCUUUUACCACCACCUCCUCCUCCCCCAUGCAACGCUCCCCUACCACCACCACCACCACCCCUGUUUGGGUGCCCUCCGCCUCCUCCCCUCCUUGGCAAGAUGAUGCCCCCACCACCACCAUUCAUGGCCCCUAUCCCUCCGCCUUCCCCUCAGCUGAAUCGAGGGGAGGCACCUCUCUUUCAGAAGAAGAAGAAGACCAUCCGUCUCUUCUGGAACGAGGUGCGUCCAGUGGACUGGCAGUGUAAGAGCCAUAAAUUCUGUAAGGAGUCCCUGUGGUCCAAACUGGAGCCAAUUAAACUGGACACGUCCAAGCUGGAGCAGCUGUUUGAGUCCAAAUCCAAGGAGCUUCCUGUUACAAAGAAAGCUGCAGUUGAUGGCAAACGACAAGAAAUAAUAGUCCUGGACUCCAAACGAAGCAACGCAAUAAACAUCGGCUUGACUGUUUUACCCCCUCCUCGCACCAUCAAGACAGCUAUCCUCAACUUUGAUGAGUAUGCACUGAACAAAGAGGGCAUUGAGAAAAUCCUGACGAUGAUCCCCACAGAGGAGGAGAAGCAGAGGAUUCAGGAGGCUCAGCUGGUCAACCCUGAUAUCCCCCUGGGUAGCGCUGAGCAGUUUCUUCUUACCCUUUCCUCCAUCACAGAGCUGUCUGCUCGCCUGCAGCUGUGGGCAUUCAAGAUGGACUACGAGCUUAUUGAGAAGGAGGUGGCGGAGCCUCUUCAGGAUCUAAAAGAAGGGAUGGACCAGUUAGAGAAAAACAAAACACUCCGCUAUAUCUUGACCACGUUGCUGACCAUCGGCAACUUCCUCAACGGCACAACCGCUAAAGGCUUUGAGCUGGGUUACUUGGAGAAAGUCCCAGAGGUGAAGGACACAGUUCACAAGCAGUCGCUGCUGCACCACGCCUGCGCCAUUGUGGUCGAGAAGUUCCCAGACAGCACUGACCUUUACUCAGAGAUAGGAGCUGUCACCCGCUUGACAAAAGUGGACUUUGACCAGCUUCAAGACAAUCUGGCACAGAUGGAGCGAAGGUGCAAAGCAUCAUGGGAUCACCUCAAAGUCAUUGCCAAACAUGAGAUGAAACCAGCAUUGAAACAAAAAAUGUCAGACUUCCUAAAAGACUGUGCAGAGAGAAUUAUUAUUCUGAAGAUUGUACAUCGAAGAAUACUCAACAGGUUUCAUGCCUUUCUGCUGUUCCUGGGCCAUCCGAUAUAUGCAGUACGUGAGGUCAGCAUUCAUCGCUUUAGCAAGAUCCUGAGUGAAUUUGCCCUGGAGUAUCGCACAACACGAGAGCGCGUGCUACAACAGAAACAGAAGAGGGCCAACCACCGUGAGAGGAACAAGACCAGGGGAAAAAUGAUAACAGAUAGUGGUAAAUUUGGCAGUGCCCCGCCAGACGCACAAGAGAGCCAGCCUCAGGGUAUCCAGUACGCUGAAGCUGCAGCGGAACACGAGAACAUGAAGGCCGUGCUAAAGAGCAGCUUGCAGUGCGGAGAGAGCGGAGUGUCAACAGUGCCGGGCCUACGAACACGAACCAGAGCCAGCAGCGCCAGAGGGCGCGUCCCCCCAUGGUACAAUGCCAGUGACGACCCAGUGAACUGCACAGAUGAUACAGCUGAUGAGAUCAUGGAGAGAAUUGUUAGGUCAGCCACUCAGGGGCCCAGCCAACGGACGCAGCCUCGAGAGAGGAGGCGCUCCCGAGCCAACCGAAAAUCAUUGAGAAGGACACUGAAGAAUGGUUUGACGACAGAGGAGGCCAACGCACUCGGCUUGUCCAGCGGUUCAGAGAUGCAGGUGUGAGUUGGACCUGGAUCCCGUCGGACAUUAAGACGUCUGGAAGCCCUUUCACUGCCCCUCCACUGCCUUCACCCAUCUGGCUUGGCGCUAAAAUCCCCCCAGCUUUGAUGAGUUGAUCUCAUCUUUAUGCAUUUGGUUUACACAGGCUUGACACAAGUGCUUCCUGAGGAGAGUGAAUAUAAGGCUGAACGAGAUUUCAUUCACAAGCAGAGCGCUGCAU